GAACUGUCAACGAAUUGAAUUGGCCGCGAGUUUCCUACCUAUAAAACGACCCGGAUCCCCCACCCCCACAUUUCCUCAUCGUCACAACGCGUCCUCGAAUAAAAAUCCAGACGAAACCCAAAAUCCCCACCGAACGCAACCUAAAAUCUCCCCAUCCCUCCUCGAUCCAGCCCCGCGGAGAAGAGCCAUGGCCGAUUCCGCAACCAACGACGCCCCCCUGGUCGCCAGCAACCAGCCCACGGAGGAGGAGGUGACGGUGGAGAGGGCCGCGGCGACGGAGGAGCAGGAGGAGGAGAGGCUGCGGUACCUCGAGUUCGUGCAGCAGGCGGCGGCGCAGGCGCUGGUGCUGGCGGCCGCGGCGUACGCGUACGCCAAGCAGGGCGCCGGCCCGCUCCGCCCCGGGGUCGAUCAGGUCGAGGGCACCGUGAAGGCCGUCGUCGGCCCCGUCUACGACCGUUUCCACGCCGUCCCGCUCGACCUCCUCAAGUUCAUCGACCGCAAGGUUGGUGAGUCCGUUGAGGAGAUAGACCGCCGCGUCCCUCCAGUGGUGAAGGAAGCCCCAACCUUGGCCCGCUCGGCUGCGAAGGAGGUUCGCCAGGCCGGCCUGGUGGGCACGGCCACUGGCCUUGCCAAGUCAGCCAUCGCCCGCGCCGAGCCAAAGGCCCGGGAGCUCUACACCCGCUACGAGCCUGUGGCAGAGCGGCGUGCCGCCGAGGCCUGGGUGGCCCUGAACCGUCUCCCUCUGGUGCCCUCGGUCACCAGGGCCGUCCUCCCCACUGCCGCACAGCUCUCUGCCAGGUACAAUUCGGCGGUGCGUGAUGGUGCCAAGCGCGGGAACGCCGUGGCCACCUAUCUCCCGCUGGUGCCCACUGAGCGGCUCGCCCGCGUGUUCAGGUACCCCGUGGCUGACGUUGCUGCAGCACCAGAGAUGCAGCCCAUUCCUUCCCAGUAGAAGAUGAAAUGGAAUGUGAACUGCAUAAACCAAUAUCAAGAAGUAUUACUGUGUUUUGUCUUUGCGUACCUUAUGGUGAACUCAUGCGUGGUUCAGUAUCGUUUCAUUCCUUUUUGUUGCAGUGAGCCUACACAAGUUCGUCUUUGUUUUAUGGAUAAUAUGUAUAACAUUAUCUAUUGGAAUAGCAAUGUUGAUGCUUGUGCUUUG